GGUAAUGAUAUCGGCCUUACCACGGCAGAAGGAAACCAGCAAAGCACCGUUGAAAUUAAUAGAGACACGAGUACGUCACAAGGUAACUACCCCCCAUCCCCAGUCAUCAACAAUCUGAUAAUUAAAGCAAGUUUGGAGGAAGUAGGUGAGAAUAGGGUUAGAUCAUAUAAAUCGACGGCCAGAAAAUACCCUACUAUAAACUAUGAAGCAAUCAAAGAAAUUCCAACAAUCCAGG